AUGCUGGCGUUGCAGUGCCUGCUCUGGGCUGCAGUGACUGCUCAGUUCGCCGUGACAGGUAAGCGUGAGAGGCAGAGAUGGGAGAGGCGUGAACCGUCCGACUAUAUUGAAGAAAUAGCAGUACCGAAACGGCUUCUGCACCAGGUUGACUCGGAGGAAGAACUCGCACACAGUCGCCUAGAAACAAAUGUGAAGAACAGUAACGAUGGAGCGCAGCCUGUCCAUGUGGCCCAGAUCUCUUUCCUGGUCAAUGCCUUUGGAAUGGCCUUUAUUCUGGACCUGGAGCUCAACCAUGACCUCUUGUCCUCAGACUAUGUGGAGAGACACUUUGAUGAGAAUGGGAAACCAACCCAGAGCCUGGGAGGUGAACACUGUUAUUACCAUGGCCACUUGAGGGGUGUCCCUAGGUCUCUGGCUGCUAUUUCUACCUGUCAUGGCCUACGGGGGAUGUUUUCUGAUGGGAAUUUUUCUUAUGGGAUUGAACCUGCUCCUGACAGCGACAAUCAGCAGAGCCAUGUGGUGUAUAGAAUGCCUAAGAUACAGAUGAUUCCUCCCUGUCCUGGUGUGUGUUGGACACAAUUGAAAUUGGGUCUCUGUCUCCCCCUACAGGUACGAAGAGGACAACGCACAGUUCAGACUGAAACCAAGUAUGUUGAACUACUGGUGGUGAAUGACUAUGACCUGUUUGUGCAGAUGCGCAGGUCAACUCCACAGACGAGGAACUUUGCCAAAGCAGUGGUGAACAUGGCUGAUGCGAUUUACAAAGAACAGCUGAACACCAGGAUCGUGUUAGUUGCCAUGGAAACGUGGUCAUCACAGAACAUGGUUUCCGUGGGUGAUGACCCCCUGUUGACCCUGCGGGACUUUAUGAAGUACAGGAAAGAAAACAUCAAAGAGAAGAGCGAUGCAGCACACCUCUUUUCGGGACGCACGUUCCAGAGUACUCGCAGUGGGACGGCCUACGUCGGAGGGAUCUGUUCGCUGACACGCGGAGGAGGUGUCAACGAGUACGGAAACGUCGGUCCAAUGGCAAUCACCCUGUGUCAGAGUUUGGGGCAGAACCUCGGUAUGAUGUGGAAUAAGGAUCGUGCUGCAGCAGGAGACUGUAGGUGUCCAGACCCAUGGCUGGGCUGCAUUAUGGAAGACACUGGGUAUUACCUACCCAGGAAGUUCUCGCGAUGUAGCAUAGAUGAGUACAUCCACUUCCUCCAGCAGGGAGGAGGCAGUUGUCUCUUUAAUAAACCCACCAAGCUACUAGACCCCCCAGAAUGUGGGAACGGCUUUGUUGAAGUUGGAGAGGAGUGUGACUGUGGAUCACAAGUGGAGUGCUCUCGGGCUGGGGGAGCCUGCUGUAAGAAGUGCACGCUGACCCAUGAUGCAAUGUGCAGCAAUGGACUGUGCUGUAACCGAUGCAGGUAUGAGCAGAGAGGGGUGACAUGUCGAGAUGCAGUCAAUGACUGUGACAUUCCUGAAAUGUGCACCGGAGAUUCCAGCCAGUGUCCUCAUAAUGUUCAUAAACUGGAUGGUUACAUGUGUGAUACAGGACAGGGUCGUUGCUAUGGCGGUCGUUGUAAAACUAGAGAUGCACAGUGCUGGGUACUGUGGGGCCACAACGCUGCAGAUCGUAUUUGCUAUGAGAGAUUGAACACAGAGGGCACAGAGAAAGGGAACUGUGGGCGGGAUGCCAGUGGACAAGGCUGGGUUCAGUGCAAUAAACAGGAUGUACUGUGUGGAUUUUUGCUGUGCACUAAUAUUACAGCAAAACCGCGGUACGGUGAUUUAAAGGGAGAAGUUACCAGUCUCACCCUCUACCACCAAAAUAAGUACACUGACUGCAGGGGUGGUCAUGCGGUGUUGGAGGAUGGCUCAGAUCUAGGUUAUGUGGAGGACGGUACACCGUGUGGUCCAAACAUGAUGUGCCUGGACCAUCGUUGUCUCCCUCUCACAACAUUCAACCUCUCCUCCUGCCCUGGCUCUUCCUCCUCCCGGGUCUGCUCUGACCAUGGGACCUGUAGUAACGAGGUGAAGUGUAUCUGUGAUGCGGAUUACACUGGGAAGGACUGCAGUGUGUACGACCCCAUCCCUGAUCCGGAACACCAAGAGGGACCUGAGAGAUAUAAAGGUCCCAGCGGCACGAAUAUAAUCAUAGGCUCCAUAGCAGGCGCCAUUCUGCUGGCAGCUAUCGUCCUGGGUGGAACUGGCUGGGGCUUUAAAAACAUCCGGAAAGGAAGGUAUGACCCUGCACAGCAGGCCAUGAUGUGA